CGAAUGCCGCCAGCGUGUGUUCGAGAUCAUAGGAGUACCACGUGACUCGCAUUGCCAACCGAAGCACCAACAGCAACUUACCUUGUCAACAGGUGCAGGUGGCACUACUGGGAAGGCGACCAUGGAGUUAGACGACAACAAAAUAAUGCGACGAAGGCAAGAUUGAACGAGGAUGCCGGUCACAAACAUAGAGUCGAUUAUCGAGUCGCACGUGGAGGCGCGCAGCGAGACCGAGAGUCUGGGCGGACACAGCAGCGACGCCUCCAUCGGCCGCUCCAGGAUGGACGUCGUCUGCAUGUUGGACCUGCAGAACCCCGAGCACCUGUUGCACCGCAAGACUGCCAUCGAGUGUGUCAAACACGCUUGCUCCCUCGUCAAUGCUGCUUUUCAGCACAUUCAGUUCAAGAGGCUUGAUUUUGGAGAGGCGAACGUAUUGGACGCAUUUUACAAUGCCGACGUGGCUGUGGUCGACCUCUCAAUUCAGGAGCAGCAGAGUGCCUUGUUCUACCACCUUGGCGUGAGGGAGAGUUUCGGCAUGAAGGAGAACAUUCUUCUUUUCAACGACACAAAUCUCGACACGACCCUUCGAUUAAAGACUUCUUGUGGUAGCUACACCUUUAUUUCCUACCGAGUGGUUGAGUGUGGCACCUGUUUUACCACAAAUCCGGCCACGGCCAACGUGAUCGGCGAGGAAAACUCGCCCGACACUCGCCAACCGCUCUCGUCGAAGCUGCGAAAACUGCUGCAAGACGUGGAAAUCCAGUCCAAAGCGCACAUGAAGGAAAAGUUCCUGGCUGACCUCCGCAAAGCGAGGGAUUCGUUUUCAGGCGAAGACCUGGCCAAAUAUUUGUACAACAUGCGCAAACGACUGGACGACCCGAAUGUCAUCUCUGGAGAGGUCGUCCUCAAUGUUUUAAUAUCCUUCAGGGAGAUCCAAGACUACGAUUCGAUGGUGCAGUUGGUAGAUGAUCUCAAAACCAUACCCAACAAGAAGAGCAACAUAAACACGCCUGCAAUCAGGUAUUUGUACGCAUUCGCUCUGAACCGGCGAAACAACGAAGGUGACCGCGAACUGGCGCUCACGGUGAUCACGAAAGCUCUGCAGAAGAAGGAGAACCACUACCCUGACAUGCUCUGCCUCUGCGGCCGCAUCUACAAAGACAUUUUCGUCGAGUCGAGACACACGGACCAGGAGAGUUUGACCAACGCCAUCCACUGGUACAGAAAAGGAUUUGAAGUGCAGCCCAACGAGUACGCGGGCAUCAACCUCGCUACGCUGCUCGUCAUUGCUGGAAAUGAGUUUUCCAAAUCGGAAGAACUGCAGCACAUAGGUAUGGUCCUGAACAAUCUGAUCGGCAAAAAGGGAAGUCUGUCUUCCCUCCAAGAGUACUGGGACAUUGCGACCUUCUUUGAAAUCAGCGUUCUAGCCGAGAACUACUCGAAAGCAAUCCAAGCCGCUGAGUGCAUGUUCAAGCUGAAGCCUCCCAAUUGGUAUCUUAAAUCAACAAUUGGCAACAUAACCUUGAUAAACAGGUUUCGCAAGAAAAACGAGGAAGCCGAGGUGUCGCCUGAAGAACAAAUUUUCAAUUUCUGGAUGGAAUAUUUCAUUGAGUGCACCAACGAGGAAGUGGGGGAAGCCAUCCGAUUUCCCGUUUUAAUCUUGGAGCCGCAGAAAAUUUUCAUGCCGAGUUUCGUAAACUUCAACCUUGGCGCGGAGGAAAAGUCGAUCCAAGUUUUGAAUCUGUGCAUUGGCUGCAUGAAAGGAAUGUGCAAACAAAAGCAUGACUGGCUCUUCACGGCCAAUAUGAUUCGCAGUGUUAGUCUGUACAAAAGGGAUGAAAGGUGUCUGUUCCUGUACGUGCACGAGAACUCUGACGACUUCCAAAUGUACCUUCCGUCAGCCCAGUCGAGGGACAGGUUCUACGACCUGAUCCUUGAGCUGACUGUCGAUCAGGAAGGCGUCAUAGACUUAGACGCUGACGUUCCUGCCGAGCAAAUGAAGUACGAGUAUGAGUUGGACGAGUCUGGGCGCAAAAUCAUCCUCGGAAAGGGAACCUACGGCAGCGUCUUUGCAGCCAGAGACCUCAACACGCAAGUGAGAAUUGCUGUGAAGGAAAUACCUGAGAAAAACCUAGGAGACGUGCAGCCGCUGCAUGAAGAAAUCCGGCUGCACUCGCAAUUGCGGCACAGAAACAUCGUGCAAUACCUCGGCUCCAUUUCUGAAGGCGGCUACUUCAAAAUUUUCAUGGAGCAGGUGCCCGGAGGCAGUUUGUCCGCGCUGCUAAGGUCCAAGUGGGGCCCUCUGAAGGGCAACGAGUCCACCAUCGGCUACUACACCAAACAGAUCCUGGAAGGACUCAAAUACCUUCACGACCAGAAAAUCGUCCACCGAGACAUCAAAGGUGACAACGUGUUGGUUAAUACGUACAGCGGCGUGGUCAAGAUCUCUGAUUUCGGCACUUCGAAGCGACUGGCCGGCUUGUGUCCGAGCACAGAAACGUUCACCGGUACCCUUCAGUACAUGGCACCAGAGGUGAUCGACAAAGGCCAACGAGGUUACGGUGCUCCGGCCGACAUCUGGUCUCUGGGAUGCACGAUCGUGGAAAUGGCAACUGGAAAUCCUCCUUUCAUUGAACUGGGCUCGCCGCAAGCAGCUGUUUUCAAGGUGGGCUACUACAAAAUCCACCCUGAAAUCCCCUCUGAACUGAGUGAAAAGGCCAAAAAUUUCAUCCUGAGAUGUUUCGAGCCGCUCCCUGACAAGAGAGCGACCGCCACCGAACUGCUCGAGGAUCUGUUCCUUACAGAGAAAAAGAAGGGAGUGACGAGGAUAUCAACCUCCCAGGAGCUGAGCCGCAGCAUCUCGGUGCCCGCAGACAAACUGAAGCUGGCGCAGAGCCUGGUGGCCAGCUCGCCGGACGAAAGCACUAACGGCUUCAGCAUCACACAAUCCAACCCCUCUGCGAGAAAUAAAGGUCUCUUGACCCCUAUCAGCAUGCCAGCAGCUCUCUCGUACACCAGUUGCAAUUUCAGUAUUUCGACGUGCGAGCUGGAGCAGGACAAUCCGUUCAAUGUGCGUCGCUUCUCGAACAACACCCUUCUCUCCCCGGAUAUCGAGUCUCCGAAGGAGUCUGACGAGCAGGGCGGCUUCUACUUGCUGAAAAAGGACUCGCAGCGCAGGACAACCCUGACCAGGGUGCUCGCGCAGGACGAGAAAAAGAUUUGCGACGUUUGGAUGAAGAGCAUCGAGACGGACGUCGAGGACACCGUUUUGUCCAUGAAUCAUCUCCUCGUGCUGAUGAAAGGCUUCAGAGACUAUUUCCCUGAUCAGAAUCGAGAAAUCAUCGAAAAUGCGAUUCACAUUUUGAAGGAAGAACUGGAUUUCGACUCGGCCGCCAUCAAUCAACUGCACACUGCUAUUUAUCUCUUCCACAAUGCUGUCAACGUGGUGCUACGGUCGCACAGCAUCAAGCCGCACUGGAUGUUUGCUCUAGAUAAUUUAGUUCGCAAUGCCGUGCAAGCCGCUAUCACCGUUCUCUCACCAGAGCUUGGUGCGAACUUAGCUGGUCAGGAGCGACUGGUGCAGCAGGGCUCGAGCGACAUUCAGCAGGAAGGCUCGACGUCGGGCAUGUCGACGAUCAACUCUGUCAAGUCGCACAAAACGCUGGACAGCUUCCCGACGCCCAAAUUCCGCAGCGAGUGUCUGGAGCAGAUCAGUACUCUUCGCGCGGAAAACCAGCGGCUGCUGAAGAAGCUGGUGGAGAGCGAAAAGUGCUACCAGGAGCUGAUCAAACACAUCAUCGACGAGCGCACCAAUCAAACGCAGAUGCUUUCCCAGCUCCUGCGAUUCCCCUCCGACAACGCGUCAAACCACACCACCCCAAGUGCUGAUUCCGGACUGCCUCAAAUCAACGUCCACCAGAGCGCAGCGUGGUCCUUGGACCCAAAACUGGCAGAGUGGGCGCGCUCUCUCGAGCUGGAUAACUAUACACUGGAAAAGAUUGCGUGGGAAGAGUACACGCUGGACGACCUUCUGCACUAUGUCAGCCGGGACGACCUUCGAAGGAUGAAUCUGAGGGGUGGAGUGGAACUAAGGAUCUGGAGGGCGAUCAACGAUUGGCGCCUUAAGAACAAGAGCCCAGGAAAGCAGCUGAGCAUUUUCAACCAUUCUGCAGAUGGCGCCGACAAACAAUCAGACUCGACCAAAUUGUGAUUCAAGCUUUACAAUGAAUUCUGUGCCAUCAAAAAUUGAUCAUACCAAAUCAAAAGGAAUUGUCCAUCUUCUUAUACUGUAUUUAAUUCCUAAUUUUGUUCGGUUGCUUGUGCCUUAACCAUUGUGAUUAAGAAAGUGUUGAAACUAAUUUCUUAAAUGUUGUGUUAUAUUUUGAUAAAAAGUAUUGCUGAUCAAAUCAUGUGCGAAAUAUAUAUACAAUUAUUUACA